UUAGCACACUCAACUUGAACGUUCAACUUAGAUCAGGGGCCAGCACUCUGUGUGAAACAAUUCGUGAUUGUACACGUACAAGAGUGGUGUAUCUUUAGCCCAAGUUUUCGUUGUAAUUCUAGCUGUUCUGGCAGUAAAAACAAUUCUAAUAGAUAAAAUUAUUAACACUGGAGUUUCAACAAAAAAAAUACUUAACCGGACCGAAGUCUGCAGAACUUGAACGAGAAACAAGCAUGUUAUGUGUUGCCAGGCGCCAUGUGUUGCCAGGCGAUGGAGGAGGAGAAUACUGACAUAAAUGAAUGAUCACGUCAGAGGGAAUUAAAGAAUCGGACUUAAGGUAACGAGAGUAAGGUAGCAGGCUCGUUUUUAUUUCUCUGUCUCUCUUUCUUUCUCUCUCUUUCUCUAACGAACGUGCACGGGCAAGGUAAGGCGUAUCACGUUACGUUAACGCGCUAGUUGAGGGCUUAAGACUCCACACAGGGCUGCUAAUUCGCAUGUGAAUUUUACCUCAUAGUCUGUGAAUUCUUUAGGAUGUCCGCGAAGAAAAAAUAAAAAUCCAGAUAUUGCCGAAAAAGCCAUGAAGAAUUUUUUUUUAGAUAAAAUUUUUAGCAUUUCUUUUCUUUCUGUUUGCUUCCUUUAAACAUAAAUGGUGAUAAUCAUGAGAAAUUCAACUUUGAUGAGAAUGCCAUUCAACAAAAUAACUAAUUAAAAUAGACUUAUGAUGACAGAUUAUGAAUGAUGUAACUUAGAAUGGGAAUGUUUCUUAUGCUUAAACAUUUUCAGCUGUUUCGUAUUAAAAAUGAUUGUUUCUUUAAAAAUAAAUUAUCUUUUUUUUCUAAAGAUUCAAAGAUAUAGAAUAUGUUUCAGUUUAUGUUAUUGACUCGACCACAUAUACUGACGGUAUAGUGACCAGGAUAUCAAAACCUAGAUGGCUGAAACAUGGUGGUCGAAUAUGUUAUUACACUACCUACGUCAACGCAACCAAAUGACGUGCGUCCAAUACAAUGAGAAAAUCAAAAUCUCGCGUUGUGAUCAUAACUCCGGAUGACGCUCAACACAUCCACCAAGUCUUAGUUGUGCUGACUGUCGUUGGCGUCGCGGAUCAUCUUUAAAGUUUCUGACUUGAUGGCACACAAAUGUGUUGACAAGAACAUUUCGGCUAAGAGACUUCCUCGAACCACUCAAGUUUUUUAAACUCUAUUAUAUAUACUAUGUCGUAUUUUCUUUUGUCCUGUCUACUGAGGAAAGCUUUCAGCCAAAAUGUUCUUGUGGUAUUGUCCUGUUAACUAUUUCACGCUUGUCUACCAUGUUCUACUAUUCCAUGCUGGUGUAUAAAUAACAUAUUAAUAAUUAUUUUUUUAAAUACAAUGUGCUUUUUUUUUUACUUGAUCUAAAUCUUCAACUUUAACAACUUACAGGGAAAAACUUUAAGUCACUUUUAUCUGGAGCAUCACGAACAUGGCGCUUUAUCGGACCACUUGGAUAAUUGGGCUUCUCGGGAUUGUUCCGCUGGUGCAGAGUGCCAAGAUUAGUCGCCCCUUGUUUCUCUCUCCGUAUCUGGAGAAGGGCCUGAUACAGGAGGCGCGGAAAGACAGCAGGGUGCACUUACCCAGGUUUUCAGAGCUUGAGAGCUACUCGGGGUUCAUCACCGUGGACAAAACGUUUGGGAACCACUUGUUCUUCUGGUUCUUUCCGUCGUCGCAAAGGACCGGAGGCCCGCUGACGAUCUGGCUGAAUGGGGGGCCCGGGGUCUCCUCGAUGUUUGGGCUCCUGUGGGAGAACGGCCCUCUGCAAGCCUCGGCCAAUGAGUCCCAUAUAGACAUGACUCUGCGGGGACACUCGUGGGCGCGGCCAUUUUCGAUGUUAUAUAUAGACAACCCGGUGGGGGUCGGCUACAGCUUCACUGAGAAGAGAGCGGAUGGCGAGCGAGUGACCAUGGAGGGCGUCACGAAAGAUCUCUAUUCCUUCAUCGAGCAGUUCUACAAAAUGUUUCCCGAAUACAAGGUGCGGCCCCUCUACAUCGGCGGGCAAUCCUACGCCGGCAAAUACGUGCCCAGCUUCGCCCACCACAUCGACCGUCAAAUCCGAGACAGACCUUUGGCCGGGAUACACAUCGGGGGCGCUUUCUUCGACCCGCCCGUCCAAAGUCCGGCUUACUUCGAGUACCUCUACAGCAUGGGGAGCAUCAGCUUCGGCCAGAUGAUGCACUACAAGCGAGAGAUCUCGGAGCUCAUUCGGCAGAUCAAGAACGGCGAGCUGGACGUAACCUACAUGUCUGAAAUUAUCGGGGUCCUGCUGCCGAAAGUCGGAUUGAGCAAUCCGGACAACUACGUGGAGUCGAGACAAAACGGGUACUGGGUCGUGUCGGAGAUAAUGAGUUCACGGAAUCUGCGGGAAGCGGUCCACGUGGGGGCGAGGCAUUUCAGCGUGUUUAACGAUGACCUGAUGGAGCGGUUCGGCGCCGAGGUGUUCGUCAGCCAAAAGCCGAGCCUCGCCGAGCUGAUGGACCGGUACAAGGUCCUGCUCCACUCCGGGGACUACGACGUCAUCGUGAGCUCCGCCAUGGUGGAGGCCGCGCUCAUGACGACCCCGUGGUCGCUGCAGGGCGAGUACAACACCACCCGGUGGUCAGCGUGGUGGUCGGCGGAGGGCAAACUGCGCGGGUUCUACUCCAAGACCGGGAAGUUGUGCCGGGUGGUGGUCAAGGGGGCCGGGCACCAGACGCCGCACGAUCAGCCGGAAGCGGCCCUGGAGAUGAUGGUGCAGUUCGUCGACCACGGGUGUAUCAUAGAGAGGAACCGCGCCCCCAAGUAAGUCAUCAAGUUCUCUUUUUAAAUCACAUUUUUGAAUUAUAUGAAAGAACAUUAGGAAUUUUUUAAAAUCCAGAAUGAGUCAGUGUCAUGUUUUGUAGUUGGCUUGGGGAAACCCUGGUCCAUCAAUGAUUUUAUUUAUCAAUAUUGAAAUUGUGACUUUCCAAGGGUGUAUUUUUUUGUUGUUGUAAUGGAGCUUUGAAGAAAAAUUUAGUUCGAGUUGGAGUUGACAAAUAAAAGUUCGAUCCAUUAAUCUUUUAAUGGGCCCGUACCCUUUGAGGUUAGGACAAAACGAAAACUGUUUUAAAUGUUAAGAAUCGAAUAAAUAUCUUUCAUUUUUUUUUUUUUUAAAUUGAAAAAGUUUAAUCAAGGCAACAUGAAUUCCUAAAAAACUGCAUAUUCAACUUCCUUAGCCCUUAAGAAAACCUCACGUGCUAACAAACAUUAGCGAUCUCACUUGCUAACAAAAGUUAGGGACCACGUUUGCUAACAAACAUUAGUGACCCAGCCUGCUAACAAACAUUAGUUACCACACAAAAGCUAACUAAAAUUCCUUCUUCCCUGGUAUUUGAUAUGAAUGAGACCGGGGGAGGGGGGAGGAAAGGAGUGAUAUUUAAAUUAAAAAAUAACAUUUUUUUUAGUAAAAACUUUGUUCCUAAUUUACCCUCAGAAUAGAAAGAGUAAAUUUCUUUGUUCCCCAGAAGACGAUUUCACAGGAGAAAGCCCAACUGUACAGCCAAAAUGUCAUCGUCGAGGGACUGCAAUCUGCCAAUACUCUAAACAAAAUGAAAUUAAAAUUUGCUCCACAUAUCUACAAUUAAGAAUAUACUUUUUUUUUUUCAAGAGUACGUGGAAACGCUGCUUGCAUAUUUCCUCACACUAUAAUGUGUUCAACAGGGAAACCUUAUUAUUUUACUUUUGUACCUGAAUAUAUUUUUUUCCACAUAAAAGCUCUUACUGUUCACUUUUGUUACAUCAAAUUCUCAACUUCCAAUAUCAACUUGAGACGCAAGAAAACGUAAAUAACAAGCGAGAACACAGAAUAACAGUAGAAUAUCUACUUUUAGCCCAGAUCCCCC